AUGAGUAUAUCUAAUACAAAUGGAACAAAAUCUGAGCAGGAAGUUCGGGUAUGGAUGGAUGGAUGCUAUGACAUGGUUCAUUUUGGUCAUGCCAAUGCUUGUCGACAAGCUAAACAGAUGGGUACUUAUUUAGUAGUUGGUGUUCAUUCUGAUGCGGAAAUAACUAAACAUAAAGGACCACCAGUAUUUUCCGAACAAGAACGGUAUAAAAUGGUUCGUGCGAUAAAAUGGGUUGACGAAGUAGUUGAAGAUGCACCAUAUGUAACAGCACUUGAAACAUUAGAAAAAUAUAAUUGCCAAUUUUGUGUACAUGGCGAUGAUAUUACUGUUACGGCAGAUGGCGUAGAUACGUAUCAUAUUGUAAAAGCUGCUGGUCGAUAUCGAGAAUGUAAACGAACACAAGGUGUAUCAACAACAGAUCUUGUUGGAAGAAUGUUAUUAGUAACAAAAUCUCAUCAUGAACCAGAUGAUAUGUUACCUGAUCGAGAGAAUACACUUCGAAUGAGCUUAUGUAAAGAAAGUGUUAGUCCAUGGACUGGUGCUUCACAAUUUCUUGCAACAACUAAUAAAAUUAUACAAUUUUCUAAUGGUCGUGAACCUGAGCCUACUGAUAAAGUUGUUUAUACUGCUGGUGCUUUUGAUUUAUUUCAUGUUGGUCAUGUUGAUUUUCUUGAAAAAGCGAAAGCAUGUGGUGAUUAUCUUAUUGUUGGUUUACAUUCGGAUCGUCUUGUUAAUCGAUAUAAAGGAAGUAAUCAUCCAAUAAUGAAUCUUCAUGAACGUGUAUUAAGUGUUUUAGCUUGCCGCUAUGUUGAUGAGGUUGUUAUUGGUGCACCUUAUUCAGUUACAAUGGAAUUAAUUAAUCAUUUUAAAGUAUCUCGUGUUAUUCAUGGUCGAACAACAUAUGAUUCUGAUAUUGAUGGACAGAAUCCAUACGAAGUACCUCAAGCUCUUAAGAUAUUUGAACAAAUUGAUAGUGGAAAUCCUAUGUCAACACAAGAUAUAAUAACACGAAUUAUUGAUAAUCGAUUAGAAUAUGAAAAGCGUAAUAAGAAAAAAGAAGCAAAAGAAGCUGCUGCAUAUGCAACAUUUCAAAAAUUAAAAGCUGAAAAUCUCAACGAAUCAACAGCUGUAAAUGUUGGUCAACAAAAAUGA